UUGGCGAGCAAUUGACGUUUUCGUUAAACUAGAAGCAGAAUUUUAAGUUAUUUUCCAAAACGAAUUUUUUUGGCCGCAUCAAACUUCAACCUCUAAUUAUGAGCUCUGGAAAACAUUUAGCCAAAGGUUCCGCCAGGCCUGCGCUGCCGGACGAUGGCGUGCCCCGCCUUUACUCCAUGCGCUUCUGUCCAUAUGCGCAGCGCGCCCAUCUGGUCCUGAAUGCCAAGAAGGUGCCUCAUCAUAGCGUCUAUAUCAAUCUAACAGAGAAGCCCGAGUGGCUGGUGGAGGUCAGUCCUCUGCUGAAAGUGCCUGCCUUGCAUCUGGUUGCCGAAAAGGGCCAGCCAUCACUGAUCGAGUCCCUUAUCAUUUCUGAGUAUCUGGACGAGAAGUAUCCGCAGAGCCCGCUGCUGCCGAAGGAUGCACUGCAGCGUGCUCAGGAUAAGAUAUUGGUGGAGCGUUUUAGUGGUGUCACCGGCAGCUACAUGAAGAUUCUGCUGCACGAUGCAUCACCCGACGAGCUCUGGGCUGCCUUGGACAUAUUCGAGGAGGAGCUGGGCAAGCGUGGCACGCCCUAUUUUGGCGGCGACAAGCCGGGCUUUGUGGACUACAUGAUUUGGCCCUGGUUCGAGCGUUUGGCUGUGCUCAAGUAUGUGCUCGGCGAGCGCUACAGCUUCGAUAGCCAGCGCUUUGCCAAGUUGAGCGCCUGGAUUGAGCUCCUGCUCAAGGAUGAUGUGGUCAAAACCUUCUUUGCCACGCCCGAGCAGCAUGUCGAGUUUUGGCGCACCCGCAAAGCAGGCAAUGCCAGCUACGACCUGCUCGCCUGACUCCUUUAAUCAAAGGUUGUGUUAUCUAAUCCGUACAAUUGGCUUGCUAAGAUCUGAUCGAUUUUGGGUUUGCACUU